UGAACGGCAGCUAAUGAAGAGCUAAUGGAGGGUUAGUUGAUUAAGCAAAGUAAGCAAUAUGGAAAUGUCAUCAUGGCAGCCUAGUCUGAUUCCGACUAGCACCCUGUUAACUUCGAUUAAUCCCACGCAUACGCUGGGAUUAAUGGCAACUUAUACCUCAGCAGCAGCCAAGUUAUCAACCGAGACCGGGAGAAAUCAAUUAAUUACGUUAUCUAGACAAUUUAGAGGAGCCCAAGCAUCGUUGGCGGUGAUAAGUGGUGAGCAGUUGACUGCCACUGCGACUGAUGAUCAGGUUAAGGCCCAUGCUACCCAAUUAAUCUUCAAUAAUACAUUGAAUUUGAAAAGCUUGGAAUGGGAAGAGAACUUGUACGAUACCAAUCUUAACGAUGGAGGAAAUAUUUUCUAUAUGGUAAUAUUUGCUAUUGUGUUUGUCUACACCACUGCUAUGAUUAUCAAGAGUAGAUUUCAUUGGUAUAAUAUUACUUAUUUUUGUGGGUAUGGAUUAGAAUUUGCCGGUUUUUUGGGAAGAGUAUUAUCAUUGGAUGAUAAUCGUAACAAGGAUUAUUUCUUAUUACAAUAUGUUACCUUAACGAUUAGUCCUGCGUUUAUUAUGGCGGGGAUAUACUUUUUAUUUGCCCAAUUGGUGGUGAUACACGGCCGACAAUUUAGUGUAUUAAAACCAAUGUGGUAUUCAUAUUUUUUCAUUACUACUGAUGUAUUGUCGUUAAUUGUUCAGGCCAUUGGAGGAGGAAUGGCUUCACUGGCGCUGUCAAAUAAUCAGGAUGCAACCCCGGGUACCAACACCAUGACUGCCGGGAUUGUAUUUCAAGUAGCUGCCAUGAGUGUAUUUGUAUUAUUUUGGAUUGAAUUUUUGAAUAGAUUGUAUUUCCGUCAUGAACCAAAUGAUUCGGUUUACAGUAAGAGAAGUUUUGGAAAUUUUUUCAAAUUAUUAUUUAACACUCCUGGUGCUCAAAGAUACAAGUGGGAAACUCUUGAAGAGAACUAUAACUCACGCUAUGCUCAUAUUAGAAAGAGAAAGUUGAUAGGGUACAUGCCAUUGGCCAUUAGUGUAUCGGUGAUUGUUAUUUACAUUAGAUGUGUUUAUAGAGUUGUUGAAUUGAUUCAAGGGUUUGAUGGGUAUUUGAUUGUUCAUGAAGUAUUUUUAAUGGUCUUGGAUGCUGCAAUGAUUGCAAUUGCUGGAUUAAUUGCCAUUCCUUUCCAUCCGGUGAUUGUGUUUGGGAAAGAUAAUGUUAUUAAAGCUGCUCAUAUUAAACGGAAUCAUGAUGAAAAGACUGAUUCUCAAUCAUUACAAAGUACCCAGAGCAAUCAAACCACCCAGAGUAAUCAAAGCACCCCAAGUAAUCAAAGCACCCCAAGUAAUCAAAGUAUAAGUAAACAGUAAAUAUAUAUAAAUCUAUUCUAAAUAAUCUUUUAUUUCUUUAUCACCAUCGGUAAUCAGACUUAUUU